AUGCUGCCACUCAGAAAGACCUGCCUGCCCUGCCGGAGCCCAUGGGGGUCUACUCUUGGCCAUUCAAAAACUGUCCUUUCCCUAUUUUCCCUACCCCUUCUCUCUGUGGUGCUUUGGGGUGCCCUCCUGUGGGCUGGCUCUCUCCCUGCUCUUGCCUGGGGGGCAAGGACAUUCACCUUGGGGGUACUGGGUCCCUGGGACUGUGAUCCAAUCUUUGCCCAGGCUCUCCCCAAUGCUGCUGCCCAGCUGGCUGUGGACCGAGCCAAUCAGGACUCCUCGCUGGUGCUGGGCUUGCGGCUGGCUUCCGUGGUCCUCCCCACGGGCUGUGACACCCCUCAUGCCCUGACCACAUUCCUGGCCCACAAGAACACAGUAGCCGCUUUUGUGGGUCCUGUCAAUCCUGGUUACUGCCCAGCAGCAGCCCUGCUGGCCCAGGGCUGGGACAAGACCCUCUUCUCCUGGGCAUGUGGGGCUCCAGAGGGAGGAGGUAAGCUGGUGCCCACCUUGCCUUCAGCUGCCCAAGUGCUGCUGUCCAUCAUGAGAUACUUUGGCUGGGCUCGUGUGGCCAUUGUGUCCUCUCACCAGGACAUCUGGGUGGCUACGGCCCGAGAGGUAGCCAUGACUCUCAGGACACACGGGCUGCCUGUGGGGCUGGUGACCUCUCUGGGACCCGGGGAGCAGGGGGCCACAGAGGUCCUGAAGCAGCUCCGCAGCGUAGACGGCCUGAAAAUCGUGGUGCUGUGCAUGCACUCGGCGCUCCUGGGUGGCUCCGAGCAGACGGCCCUGCUGAGGCGAGUGUGGGCCCAGGGCCUGGCAGAUGGAAGGCUGGUCUUCUUGCCCUAUGACACCAUGCUCUUCUCCCUGCCCUACCGCAACCGCUCCUACCCCGCCCUCGGCCACAUGGGGCCCCUGAGAGAAGUCUAUGAUGCAGUGCUCACCGUCAGCCUGGAGUCUAGUCCCAUGGAUAAGGCCUUCGAAGCUGCUGGGGCCAAUGAAAAUGUGGCAGUCCACCUGGAGACACAGCAGGUGUCCCCACUUUUUGGAACCAUCUAUGAUGCUGUUGUCCUGCUGGCCCAUGCCCUGAACCACUCUGAGAACCAUGGGGCAGGGCUCUUGGGGGCCCACUUAGGGGACCACAUAGGGGCUCUGGACGUAGCUGGCUUUAGCCAGAGGAUCCGGACGGAUGAGAAGGGCAGGAGGCUGGCUCAGUACGUCAUUUUGGACACAGAUGGUCAAGAAAGCCAACUGGUCCCCACCCACAUCUUAGACACUGACACAUGGCAAGUGCAGCCCCUGGGCAGGGCCAUACACUUUCCAGGAGGGGCCCCUCCAGCACGUGACUCCAGCUGCUGGUUUGACUCCAAUACGCUGUGCAUGAGAGGUACGGAGCCGGAGCCCCCAGGCAGCCUCCUUGCUCUGGCCCUGGCUUGUGUCCUGGUGCUGACCGGCGGGGCUCUCAUUUGCCUCAUCAGAUUGGGCAUCCAGCAGCUGCGGCUGGCGAGGGCACCCCACAGGAUCCUGCUGACAGCCCAGGAGCUCACUUUCAUCCAUCGGGCCCUAAGCAGACAAAGGCUGCAUGUGGACAGUGCAAGUGAAUCAAGAAGUGCGACGGAUGGUGGAAGCCUGAGGUCAGUGUCCCAGGGGUCAGCAAGAAGCCUGCCAGCACCCCAGGGGCCUACCAAUGUGGCUCUCUACCAGGGAGAGUGCGUAUGGCUGAAGAAGUUUGAAGCUGGCACAGCCCCUGAGCUGCGGCCAAACUGCCUCAGCCUCCUGAGAAAGAUGCGAGAGCUGCGGCAUGAUAAUGUUGCCGCCUGCCUGGGCUUCUUCACGGCCCCUGGGAUCAGUGCUCUGGUGCUGGAGCAUUGUGCCCGAGGCAGCCUGGAGGACCUGCUGCGGAAUGAGGCUCUGCGACUGGACUGGACCUUCAAGGCCUCCCUGCUGCUGGAUUUGAUCCAAGGCGUGCGGUAUCUGCACCAUCAACGAUUCCCUCAUGGCCGCCUCAAGUCCCGAAACUGUGUGGUGGAUGGCCGCUUUGUGCUAAAGGUCACGGACCAUGGUUAUGCAGAGCUCCUGGACACUCAGCGGGCUCCCCGCCCCCGGCCAGUCCCAGAAGAGCUGCUAUGGACGGCUCCAGAGCUGCUGCGGGACCCCGGCAAGGGCACCCUCAAAGGAGACGUCUUCAGCAUUGGCAUCAUCCUGCAGGAGGUGCUGACUCGAGGGCCACCCUAUUGUUCUUCAGGGCUCUCAGCAGAAGAAAUCAUCAGAAAGGUGGCAUCGCCCCCUCCCCUGUGCCGGCCACUGGUGUCCCCUGACCAUGGGCCACCCGAAUGCAUCCAGCUGAUGGAGCAGUGCUGGGAGGAGGCCCCGGAGCACAGACCCAGCCUGGACCAGAUCUACACCCAGUUCAAAAGCAUCAACCAAGGCAAGAAAACCAGUGUUGCCGACUCUAUGCUGCGGAUGUUGGAGAAGUAUUCCCAGAACCUGGAGGACUUGAUUCAGGAGCGAACUGAGGAACUGGAGCUAGAGAGGCAGAAGACGGAAAAGCUGCUCUCUCAGAUGCUCCCUCUGUCUGUAGCCAAAGCUCUGAAAAUGGGGGUGACUGUGGAGCCGGAGUACUUUGACCAGGUUACCAUUUACUUCAGUGACAUUGUGGGUUUUACUACCAUCUCAGCUCUGAGUGAGCCCAUGGAGGUAGUGGGCUUGCUCAACGACCUCUAUACACUGUUCGAUGCUAUUCUGGGCAGCCACGACGUGUAUAAGGUGGAGACCAUUGGGGACGCCUACAUGGUGGCAUCGGGGCUGCCCCGGCGCAACGGGAGCCGGCACGCAGCAGAGAUUGCCAACAUGGCCCUGGACAUCCUCAGCUCUGUGCGGGGCUUUCGGAUGAGGCAUGCGCCCAACGUGCCCAUUCGCGUCAGGGCCGGCCUGCACUCAGGGCCCUGCGUGGCGGGGGUCGUGGGUCUCACCAUGCCUCGCUACUGCCUCUUUGGGGACACUGUUAACACUGCAUCCCGGAUGGAGUCCACAGGGCUACCAUACAGAAUUCAUCUCAGCAGAAGCACUGUCCAGACACUGCUCAGCCUGGAUAAAGGCUACAAAAUUGACAUCAGAGGCCAGACUGAGCUAAAGGGGAAGGGCACGGAGGAGACCUAUUGGCUGGUAGUGAAAGCAGGCUUCCCCAGACCCCUCCCCACACCUCUGGACAUCAAACCUGGGGACCCCUGGCAGGACCUCAUAAACCAAGAAAUCAGGGCAGCCUUUGCUGAAGUCCACCAGUGCUCAGCUGGGCCUUCGAGCUCAGAGAAGGCCAUGGCUGGGCCCUGA